AUGCAAAAUUUUCUGAAAGUGAUCAUGACGAAGAUGGAUAUGAUGAAAAUAGAUGUGUCUGCAAAGAUGGAUUUAUCCAAGAAAAUGACGAUGUCGCGAUUCUUGAUCGCUACAAGAGAGAUCUUGUUUGCGUUGAAGAACCUUGUCCGACUGAAAACGAAUGUAACCCGACUCAAACUUGUGAAAUGCGCGAAGGAUCUCCAUUUUGCCUUUGUAAAGAACAUUUCGUUCGUCCUAAUUUACAGGCUGAAGAAGGUUCGCCUGAACAAUGCAGAUGUCCACUUGGUUUUCAUAUGA